UGCUUUGGGGAGGUGCUUUAAAUCUUGACUGCCAGAGCCGUGGGCUGCUAAGAGCAGAAGCUGGCUGCACGAUGCUGAGCUCAGGUCUUCCUCCUCUGGUCCUGUUGCUGACGGUGCUGGAGCUCAGCUGGUCCCUGAGCGAUGAGGAGAAGAAGAUCAUCUUGGAUGGGCACAACAAAUACCGCUCCCAGGUGUCUCCUCCUGCUAUGGACAUGCUGAAAAUGAGCUGGGACCCGGAGCUGGAGGCCUUUGCCCAAGCCUAUGCCGAGAAGUGCAUCUGGGACCACAACAAGGAGCGGGGCCGGAGGGGGGAGAACCUCUUUGCUAUGGCCCCGACCCUGGACCUCGACUUCGCCGUGGAGGACUGGAACGGGGAGGAGAAGUACUACAACCUGACAGCCUCCAGCUGCGUGCCUGGGCAGAUGUGUGGCCACUACACCCAGGUGGUGUGGGCCAGCACUCACCAGGUCGGCUGCGGGGCCAAGUUCUGCGAGAAGAUCGAAGGCCUGGAGACGCAGGGCAUGCACCUCCUGGUCUGCAACUACUACCCACCGGGGAACAUGAAAGGGCGGAAGCCAUACAAGGAAGGACCUUCAUGCUCCCAGUGUCCUGAGGGCAGAGUCUGCGUCAACUCCUUGUGUGAGCCCACUGUAGAGGAGACCACUCCAGCCCCUGUGACAACAAAGGCAAGCCCACCCACCCCAGCCACACCACCACACCAGUGCCCAUGA